CGAAUCUGAUUAUGGCAACACUUGUAUGAACUGUCAUGUCACUUGUCACUUUCUCGAUGGCUUCAAUGUUGUGAACGUGAAUUUCUUAUUUUCAUAAUACAUAUGUGUUUACUCGACAAGUUUUAUUGCUUUUUGCCGAUACAUCAACGUCAUCGCUACUGAAACACUAAUUAGUUCAAGUGACCAGUAUUACGUCGCGAAUUCAGUACGAAAUGUCAUAAAUAUGUGGCGCGCGUAACGGAUGCAUCGUUUCCUACAUUCCUUAGCCAUAAACGAAACGUAACGUUUGUUUCCUAUGUGAUGUUAUUGCAAAUUGGUGGCGGGUAGCUUCGGAAGAUGCCUUUCAAGUUGAAGUUGAAGAAGACGCGGCAGUACAAUGUUGCGUCGAAGAGUUUGUUUGUGAUAAGUGUGGAGCUGCUGGAUGGCGGGGUGGCGGACUGCACGCUGUCGGUGGACAGCACGGGGCAGGAGUGCCUCGACAACGUGUGCCAGCGGCAGGCCAUCACGCAGCCGGAGCUGUUCGGCCUGCGUUAUGUCAACCGCACGCAGCAGCCGCGCUGGGUGCAGCUCGAGAGGCCGCUCAAGCGCCAGCUCGAGAAGUACGCGUCCUCUCACCAGCUGUACCUGCGGGUCAUGUACUACGUCAUCUCUGGCACUAGUUUGAUCACAGAUGAGGUCACCAGGUACCAUUACUUCUUGCAACUGAAGAAUGACCUGAUAGAAGGCAGGAUUAUAUGUGAUUGCCAGCAAGCUGUGGUGCUUGCGUCGUACAGUAGACAAGCAGAGUAUGGAAACCAUGACCGGGAGCGACACACAGUGGAAUACCUUAAGAAUUUGUUGACAUUUCCUAAACAAAUGCUAGAUGGUGGACAAAUUAUUGAUGGAAGCACUCUGGCGGAGACUGGCCGGCUGGAGUGGCUCACUGAGGCUGUUAUACAACACCACAUGGCCUUACACAACAUGUCUCAGGCGCAAGCGGAAGAGGGGUUUAUCACGACGUGCCAGCAGCUACGCGGCUACGGCCAGGAGAUGUUCAGCGCGGCGCGACCAGCUCAACCAGAGCGAGGCGAGACACCACAUUUCUACAGAUGGAUGGACAUAACGAACGUGAUAAACCACAAGCGAACGUUCAGCAUCGAGUGCCAGAAGCAGACGGGCUCGGCGUCCUUCAACCUGGCGAGCCCCGAGGACGGCAAGUACGUGUGGUGGUCGUGCGUGCAGCAGCACACCUUCUACAUGAAGCACCAGAGCGCGCUCAGCGAGGCGCCGCGGGACGAGCACAGGCCCAAGUUCCAGGAGCACGGUCUGUCAGACAGCCGCGAGGAGCUGGAUGCGCGCGAGCUGGGCAGCGUGUCCCGGCUGGAGCCGCUGACGUCAGCACACCGCGCCUACUCCACGUCCUGCCUGGAGCUGGCCGACCAGCACCACCUGCAGCAUCAGCCGCCGCCGCUGCACCAGAGCAGGUAACACUCACACCGCCAGGGAGACCUUUCACCAAUAGCCCCCUCACCCCUCAUCAACCAUCUAGCCUUUUCCCAACUAUGUUG